AUGCCACCGGCACCGCGCGGUACCGAGGACGGAUACAGCUUCCGGCCCCAUUCUAGUUCGAGCGUGGGCCAGGGCGAGGCCGAGCUAAAGCCCGGCACGGUCUCGUCCGAACGCAGCUUUAAACCGUUAUCGUACACCGUGGACCACAAUUUUUCUCCGUUUGGUGGGCUCGAAUCCGGCUGCCGGAUUCGACCAAGAGUUCUACCGUCAGGUUUGGUUCGGGCCGAACGGACACGCUACGACAACUAUCGCGUGUAUAAGCUGUCGAUCGAGCGGGCAGAGCAGUUGGAGCUGCUGCAACUCAUCGAACAGUUCCCGGAUGGCUAUGCCUUCCUUAGCGAUCCCGUUCAUCUGAACACCACCGUUAAGUUGGUGGUUCCUCCGCACAAGAUAGCAGAGUUCCAAGAGCUCGUCGUCAAUAAGUAUUCCUUUAAGAGUGAACUAGCCUUCGAGAAUCUACAGGCCGUCAUCGACAGGCAGCUGCGUGGUCGUCGGGAAACGUUCGGUUGGACUGCUUACCAUCCGCUCGAGGACAUUUACGUAUGGUUAGAUACUUUGAUUCAGGAGUACCCGAACGUAGUGAGCCCGAUCGUCGUAGGACAGACCUACGAAGGUCGUGAGAUUCGUGGCGUAAAGGUGUCGUACAAGCAGGGAAAUCCUGCCGUCUUUACUGAGGGUACCAUUCACGCACGGGAAUGGAUCAGUGCAGCCACUGUAACAUGGAUGCUGAAUGCGCUGCUCACAUCACAAGAUGCAGCCGUGCGUAACAUUGCCGAGAACUACGACUGGUACGUGGUACCAGUCGCCAAUCCGGACGGAUAUGUCUAUACCCACACAACCACGCGCCUGUGGAGAAAAACACGCUCUGCUCAAAAUGUGCUGUGCUUUGGAGUGGACCCUAACCGCAAUUGGGAUUACAUGUUUAACCAGGGUGGUACUUCAACGAUUCCCUGCUCGGACACCUUCUCUGGACCAGCGCCGUUUUCGGAGAUUGAGACCCGCACUCUAUCGGAGUACAUUCGCACAAUUCCAAACUUAUCUACCUAUCUGGAUUUCCACUCCUCCGGCCAGUUGCUGAUGGUACCGUACGGACACACACGGGAACCGCUAGAUAACUACUACGAGCUGAUGGAAAUUGGAACAAAGGCCGCCGUAAAACUGCAGGAGCGACACGGUAGCGUCUAUCAGGUUGGAAACAUAGCCGAGAUUAUUUACAUUGCGUCCGGUAGCAGUUUGGACUGGGUUAAAGGAACUCUCCAAACUCCACUCACGUUUGCCUAUGAACUGCGCGAUACCGGUGAGUAUGGAUUCUUGCUGCCUCCCGAGCAGAUCAUCCCGACGGCAGAGGAAACUCUCGACUCGAUCAUCGUGAUCUUGGAGGAAGCAAUGAAGUUCCUUUUAGUGUGUAUUGCGUUCGCGCUGUUCGGUGCCACAGUGGCCGAAAAGGCCCGGUAUGACAACUACCGCGUGUACCGGGUGCGUAUCCAGACCGAGCGCCAGUUAGAAUUGCUGCAAGCCAUCGAACAGUACCCCGACGGAUACCGGUUCUGGAGCGAUCCGGUAAAGGUUGGAACCGAGGUGCUGCUGGUAGUGCCUCCGCACCAGCGUGGACACUUCUCGGACAUUCGGGCACGGUUUGGGCUGCGAGCAGUGCUGCAUAUUGCCAAUCUGCAACAGCAGAUUGAUCUGGAAUCACGUCCAUCGUUGCGCAAGGAAGCGUUCGGGUGGACGGCGUACUACCGCUUAGAUGCGAUCUACGCUUGGUUGGAUAGUUUGGCCGUGGCCUACCCGGGUGUCGUGACGUCACUCAACAUUGGUAACAGCUUCGAGGGACGGCCAAUCAAGGGUGUGAAGGUGUCGUACAAGGCGGGUAAUAAGGCCGUCUUUAUGGAGGGAUUAAUCCACGCACGCGAGUGGGUGAGUGGGGCUACGGUGACCUGGAUAUUGAACGAGUUGCUGACCUCCAGUGAUCCCAAAGUGCGCAACAUUGCGGAAAACUAUGACUGGUACUUCUUCCCGGUGACGAAUCCCGAUGGUUACGAGUACACGCAUACGAACGAUCGUCAGUGGCGUAAAACCCGGUCAGAGCCGAGCGUCUUAUGCCGUGGAGCGGAUCCCAACAGGAAUUUUGGAUACAACUUCAUGCAGGGCGGUGCCUCCAAUGUCCCUUGCUCCGAUACGUUUGCCGGUCCGGUUGCCUUCUCGGAGGUGGAAACCCGCCAAUUGUCUGAUUUCAUCUCAACGCUGGACAACUUAAGUACCUACCUCGCGUUCCACUCUUACUCUCAGCUGCUACUGGUGCCCUACGGUCACACUACCGCCCGGCUGGACAAUUACGAUGAAACGAUUGCCAUCGGAACGAAGGCGAUCAACAAACUGCGGGAGCGUUACGGCACAACUUACAACAUCGGCAACAUUGCUGAAGCGAUCUAUGUCGCUUCCGGAGGUAGUAUCGAUUGGGUAAAGGGUGUCCAUAAGACUCCUCUGGUGUACGCGUACGAGCUCCGUGAUCUCGGCCGUUAUGGAUUCGUUCUGCCACCAGAUCAGAUCAUCCCAACCGCGGAGGAAACGCUCGAUUCGAUCAUUGUGAUCCUGGAGGAAGGUGCAAACUAUGGUUAUCACUAG